AUGCCAAUUGAGAUUAUUGCAAAAUUGGAUCGCGAAUGUGCGGUGUAUCUUGCCGGAGAAGCUGUACAGUGCAAGGUGCUGCUGCGAAAUAUCGGCAACGAAGAGGAAUCGUUGGCUUGGGGCAGUGUUCAUGUACAAUGUGAGCGUAUUAUGCGCGCAAACAGACGCGAUGGUCCGCCGAGAAAAUCCUCAGCCGAUGGGAAAACCAAAGGAACAACUGCAAUUUCACGUUCCGCAUUCACAGUCUUCUCAUGUCGACCAGUGAUUUUGUUCUGCGAGCUACUGCUAGGUGUUGGUGAAAGCCGUGAAUUCGAAUGUACACAACAACUACCACUGGAUUCUAUCCCGCCAUCGUUUAAAGGGCAUCUUAUUCGUUAUCUGUAUAAAUUAACAGUUGGUGUGCAACACGUGAAAUCACCGAUCAAGCUGAUUAACGUGCCGCUGAGGAUCAUCCAGUCAGAUCUCGGAUUAACGCUACCGAGCACCCAGACGUUCACCAAUCCAUUUAUCACCAAUCAUAAUACUGGGCCGUCAAUACUGGAUUUAGCAACUGAAGCAACCGACUGUUUAACUGCACCACAUGGUACCUUUAGCUACUGCAUGACAAAUUCAUCUGGUCGAGUGGCGAAUUUUUUGCUCAACAAAAAAGCCUACAAAUUAGGCGAGGAUGUUAUCGGGCGGUUCAACUUCGAUGAUUGCGCUGUACGCUGCCUACAAUUCGCAGUAAGUCUGCAGUCAGUUGAAACUCUCAUUAAUGAAGAUUGGUGCCCAAAUACCUUCGUCACCACUCAUAUGACCGAACAUAUCGUAUGUGCAUAUUGGACAGAAGCUACUGUGCGUUUACAUAUACCGUUAUCAGCCACGCCAACAUUCUAUACCGAUACCGUGCAUUUGAAAUGGCGUCUUCAUUUCGAAUUCGUAACGUGCCAUCAUUUCGAGGAAGAAGUUCAGGACGAAGGACUCUGGCAAGCUCCAACGGAUGUUCCCACCGAAACAAUGGCAUGGGAUCUCGAUAUCAAGAUUUUCCCGUGCAAUCCACAUAAUGCUGCUCUAACGGUACCAAGUCCACCGCCACCAUCCUCAAUCACUGUUUGA